AUGGAUUUGCGCCACCAUGAAUAUAUAAUCGAGGUUUUCGCGGACCAGGCCUACGUAAAGGACAUUGUGAAAGGAGUCUUGCAUACGAUCUUCUUUCACCGAUACUUUCCUCCUGUGCGUCCGGCACUCUACACGCCCACCGCGUCGUCUUCACACUCUUCGUCACAUUCGGUCCAGUCACUACCCAUUCCGCUUCCAUCGAUACUCGAUCCUCCCGAGAUUUCGGCAGCGAUCGACUCUCAUACCGCUUUACUCGUUUCGCAAAUCACACCCCAGCCUACAGCGGGAGCAGCAGCAGGUGGCUCCCGUGGAGAGAUUGUUGUGCGGUUCUUUGACAGAAAGAGGAGGAAGACGGGCAUAACUGCAGGCUGGCUUGGCCGGUUGGGUGGCGGGGGCGGUCAAACCGAAGAGGAAGUAUGUUGGGAGGAAUGGUGUGUACAGGUGGUUGUAGCCAGACCACGUAGUGAGGCCGAUCGUAUCAAGGUCCGCCGCGCAAUGGAAUCGUCAUUGCAAAAGACAGCGAUGAAGAUAGUCGCCAUUGUCAACCGGGAUAAGGAUCAUAUACCUCCCAUUACCACAAGCGAUCAGAAUCCGUUUCCCUACAGGAUCUUUGUGAAUCCAAAGCAGCAGGAAAGCGCCGAAAGAGGCUUUGGGGCCUGGAACUGA